GGGGGGUGGGAGCUCCCCAAUCCUGGGAGAAAAGCAGGGAGAGACUGGGGUGGCCAAGCCAGCCCAGUAACCAGGCUUCAGGUUCUGGGGGGAAAGAAGGCAAGAGUGGAAGGGGAUCGCCUUGCUAGAGACCGCUAGGCUUCUCCUCGGGAGGAGCCGGGGAGGCACUGGGGAGGAGGCCGGAGCUGCAUGGAGUUUCUGGGGCGCGCAACUCCGGCGGGGCCUCGGCCACUGGGCUCCGGGGCGCAGCGAGGAGGCAGCCGCGCACAUGGGCUGAGCCCGCGCGGUCAGCGGGCGCGGGAGGGGUAGAGGCGAGCUCGGUGCAGGGGGUGCGGGGCGCACGUUUCCCCAGACGGGGAGGCGAGGACAAGGGCAGGGGAGGAAGGAGCAGCCUGGAUCAUCGCGGGCUCUGCAAAGAUCAGCAGAGACUCAAGGGAAAGGAAAGACUCUCGCUGCGCGGGGUUCCUAGGCGCGCCGCUGGGUUGGGCAAAGCGGCCUCCCAACCGGAGUGGGGGGACGCCGUGGGAGCCGGCGACAGAGAGGAAGGAUGCCCGCGCAGGGACGCGUGUGAGCGCCAGGCUGAGCGCUUGCUUUCGCGUCGCCCCCUCCCUGCGGGCCUCGGAGGAGGUGCCUGGGCAGCCGGGCAGCGGAGCCCGGGCUCCAAGAGAGGGAAAAGAUGCCUUUCCACCAUGUAACCGCUGGCUUGUUGUACAAGGGGAAUUACCUCAACCGAUCUCUGUCUGCCGGCAGUGACAGCGAACAGUUGGCUAAUAUCUCUGUGGAAGAACUGGAUGAAAUCCGAGAAGCCUUUCGUGUUCUGGACAGAGAUGGGAAUGGCUUCAUCUCCAAGCAGGAGCUGGGUAUGGCCAUGCGCUCUUUGGGGUAUAUGCCGAGUGAAGUGGAGCUGGCUAUCAUCAUGCAGCGUCUGGACAUGGACGGAGAUGGGCAGGUGGAUUUUGAUGAAUUCAUGACAAUUCUUGGGCCCAAGCUGGUGUCAUCAGAAGGUCGUGAUGGUUUCCUUGGAAAUACGAUAGACAGCAUCUUCUGGCAGUUUGACAUGCAGAGAGUCACUCUGGAGGAGCUGAAGCACAUCCUGUACCACGCCUUCCGGGAUCACUUGACGAUGAAGGACAUCGAGAACAUCAUUAUCAAUGAGGAGGAGAGCUUGAACGAGACCUCGGGGAACUGCCAGACGGAGUUUGAAGGAGUUCAUUCACAGAAACAGAACCGACAGACCUGCGUCCGCAAGAGCCUCAUAUGCGCCUUCGCCAUGGCCUUCAUCAUAAGCGUCAUGCUGAUCGCAGCCAACCAGAUCCUGCGGAGCGGCAUGGAGUAGCAGCCUCGCACCAGCCACACCGCGUUGCCAGCUCACCGCGCAUGUGCAUGCCCCGCGGGCAGACUCUGUUCCUCCACACGGGAGAUCUGGACCUAUGGAUGGAUGCAGGCGUUGGUACAGUUUAGUAAAGAACUCAAGUUUGCAGUACAACCGGGGUCACGGAUCAACUCCCUCUCCUUGGCAGGGACACUAAAGGGCUGUCUUCAAUGCUUUCAUGGUUUUGUUUCCUCCCAAUGCAAUAAAUAGCCAGGAGUUCUCAAUUAUUGCUUCAACCGCCAGUAGCAACUCCGAAGGGGAAAAAAAAAAUACUGCUUUCUUUUCGUCUUGGAAUUCCAGUAGCCAUCCAGGUAUCGUGGUGGCACCAGAGAGCGGAGAAAGGAAAGACAGGUGUGAACAACACUCACCUCCAUCCAUGCCCCAAUUCUUUUCAACCCAGGGAUCCACAGAGACUCCCCGCUGAGGUUGACUUCUGGGUUGCUACAGAAAAGGGAACUUUCCAUCUCACCCUGGCUUCCUUCCUCCACCCCGUGGAGACCCCUCCCCCCAAGGCAUGAGGGGGAAAGCCAUUAAGCAGGGCGCAGCUCCUUGCAGUCACUACUAUUCUUAUUGCCUUUUCUACAGGACUCCUGUCGGUAGAGCUGGGGCGCUCUCAGUUGGUUUCCAUGGCACUCGGCUUUCUGUUUCUGAAGUCCAUCCCGCACCAGCAUCUUGGAAUCUGCAGAGAGCCUGGCUCCCAGCUUUCUUGCCUGUGCCACCAUUAGAGGAAAAAAAAAAUCCAUAACCUGGGUGUGUCUAUAACCCAAACACACAGACAGACAAGAGACUUCUCCAUGUGUGAUGCCGUUCUUCCCUAAUUGCUUACUUUGGACAGGAACUUGUCCUCGAGCUCACACCCAUCCCUGCUUCCUGGGAGCAGAGGGUAAAGCAGCCGGGGUAGGGGUAGGAUUGAGCCUGGUGGCGAGGAGGCCCACACCCCAGGCAUCUGAAGUAACAGAGCCCCUCUGAGUCACCAUACUAGAUAACAUCUGUAAGUUAAGAUUGGUGUACAUCUAACUCUCCCCUCAUCUCGGACUUUCUUAGUGAGUCUUUCCCCAACUAAGAGAGAGAGACCUAGAACCCGGAGCAGAAAAGAAGGAUCAAUUUGCUGUAUUUUGCUUAAUAGCUCAUGAUAUUCAGAUUGUGCCAAUGACUCAUUAAAAAAGAGAGAGAGAGAGAGAGGUCAGUGGGCAUGGCUGAUGGGACAGAGACUUGGCUCCCGAUCACAGAACUCAAUGUCAGGGGUCUGUUUUCUUUGAAUUUUCCUAGAUUCACUAUGAACUUGAGUGUAAGUGGUCAGAUUGCUAGUCAUCUAUAGAUUGUCAUCUGUAGAUGUGCUAAAUCCCUUUGUAUUUUUCUGAGCCCAAGUCUUUAUUUCUGUAGUGAAAUUGUCCUGCUCUGCUUCUUCUCUGCCAAAAGCUCCCUGAUUCUCCUUCCUCACUCUAACCUCCAGCCACAUUGAGGCGCCAGCAGCUUUGCUCUCGCUCUCUCUCUCUCUCUCUCUCUCUCUCUCUCUCUCUCUCUCUCUCUCUCCAUGCAGCCAGCUGGGUAGGGGAUUUUUUUGGUGCGAUGCGUAUCCCUCUAGCCUACUUUCCCUCUCUUCUCCCUCCUUACUGCCUUCUUAGCCUGGGAUCACGCAAGGUCUCCUUCUAGGGUCUUCCUCUAGUUCACCCCCCCCCCCCAAGUGCUCCAUGCAGUGGUGUGGAGGGCAGCUGUAGAUAUUUUCCCACUAUAGGGUGUGACUAUACACCAAGAGCACAAGUCAAACUAGGUUUGAGCCAUAGCAUAGGAAAGAGAGAGUAGGUCGGAGGUCCCAAGAGCCCACGGGGGCACAGAGUCACUUCAUAAAACUGCCUGGAGUCUGGCACAUCCAGGCAGCAGCCUGCCUUCCUUUCUUUCGGUGCCCUCUGCAAACCUACCCUUUCUGUUUCUUCCCUAGGCUGAGUCACCAUGGUCCCCUUAGGACCAGACUCCUGAACUAGAACAGAUAGAGACACAGAAUAUUAAUACACUGCACAGCUUCCCAACCCCUUCAUCUCUUCCUGGGGCAAUUGCCUUCUCUCUACCAGAUGUGUGUGAGAAGAGGCAAGCAUAGCUGGCAGAGGCAUGCUUCCCUAUCGUUUGCUGAUGUUUGAACCUCCAAACUGAACCCUCCUGGGAGCAUACAGAAGAAACCAGGUGAAUGCAUCCAGAAGGGCAGGACUCUAAGGACCCGAAGGGGGCAGAUGCCAUGCCGCAGCUGAGAUUAGCUACCAAUGCGAAACAUAAAGAUUUCUUCAAAUGUUGCUUUCCUGCAACAUCUGCUCCAUCCUGAAGGAGGCUGACCUCCAGAGAUGAAGAGUUUAGAUUCCUUCAGCAAUGAGCAAGAUGUGAUUUAAAAAACGGAAAAAAAAAAAAAGCCUGCUCCCUACAAGGGUGUGAGCAUCCCCUCUUUUAAAAAAACAAAAACAAAAACAAAAAAACCCAUGCAUCUUUCCCAAUUGCCUAGAAGGAACGACAGGAAAGAAGCCAUCAGAUUCUCUCCGAUGGCCCAGAAGUUAAGCCCCCCAGCAGCCUCCUCAUCUGAAGCACCCAGCGGCUGAACACAGAAGUGCAGGAAACCGGGUCUAGUGGCGUCCCUUAGACUCAGGGGGCUGAGAGUGUGCUUAGGUGGCCUGCCCUCUAGCUGCUUGGCUUGUAUUAUCUGUCUUGGACAUAUUUAGGGUGUCGGGCUUCCUUUCCAGGCAGUCCUACUCCCUGUUCACGCAAAUGCUACCCUGAGGUUCGUGGCAUUUGCCACCCGACAUCCUCACGACAGUAACUGGGAAGGAGCUGGUUGGCUGAUGGUUCCAGAAAGUUCUGCCUCCCAUGCUCAAGGAAAGCCAUCCAUGUGCACCUGAGGCACCCUCUUUGGAGAGGCAGGGGCCUCAUGCUUUGCUGCCUUGCCUGUGACAGGACUUAGGAAUCCGUGAUAGAGGCUACCCAGCCAUUGGGUGCCUCGGUGACUGGCUCAUUCUUGCUACCAGCUCAACUCCACACCCCCCCAGACCUCCAUGAAUGAAAGACAGCAUUUGACCUGCGACAGAAAGACAAGCUGAUUCUGAACCCUGUAACCUUCAAACAGGCUGUCCCCUCACUGUCCCGGAUGUAGACCGAAUCCCCGGUUGGAACCCCACCCUGGAAUUGUUAGACAAUGGCUUCCAGAAAGUGUGCAAGUUCCAUGUGUCUAUGGGAGGUUGCCAUGGAAACAUUGCAUCCACCCCGAGUUUGCCAAGGUACAAACAUAGGGAACACUUUCUUAAAGAACCCUCUAGGUCCGACCUGCCUGUACUAUGACUCCCAGAAUCCAUCUCUUGCCGAGAUGGGGAAUUAACCUCCAAGAGUAUGCAUGGCUUCCCUACCUUUUCCUAUUGUAUUUAAACUUGUCCUUCCCCCAACUCAGGAGCAAAGGAGUAAGCCCUGUGUGGGUAGCCUCCUCACCUCUAUCUACCCUUUAUUUCACCUCCCAGAACAAGAUCCUCUACAUAUAGGAGGAAUAAAACCACCCUCCAUCAUCUGGCAGGCAAAAAACACACGUUAAACUUGCAAUCUUUAAAAAUAUUUGCUUGCUUGCCUGUUGAGACUCUCCUUCCUGAAAGUCAGUAAUAGGAACUUAGGUGAACUGUGGUUCUCAGGAGUUCUUGGGCAAGCUCAGUGAUGGCAGGAAGUUCUGGGUGACGUAUAUGCAGAGACCAGGACAUCUACUAGGCAUCUUCCAUACCUGCACCUAUCUCAAAGUUUACAUGACAAGUGGUCUGGUAUCUGAAAGAGUGGAAUCAAACAAGGAAAGGCAGCCUAUGUUGAGGAGAGCAUCCCUCCUCGCCCCCAGCCACUAGUCUCAGUCAGUGGACUCUCAAAGUGAUUGGAAAAAUCUAAGAGCAGGGAGAGGAACAGCUGGCUUUUAUUACAGUCUCCUCCUAUGGGCUCAAGUCCAGACUCAGGUCAUAAAUCAAAGAGGGUUGUGUACAUUGUUUUUGAAUCUAAGACCGGUAGUGUCCCUGGGACCCUAUUGAGGCAUCAUCAGAAGAUGAACACGGUGACCGUUGGGGGUACCUCCUGGGUUGAGUUGGCUUGGCUAUGCCUGGCUGUGCGUCGUAUGUGGAACUAUUUCCUUGCGUGCCCUUGAUGAAAGUGCUAAGUUUUGUACCUCAAAGCAUAUUAGUCAUGUUCCUACAUUAUAUCACUAAAGGUCCGCCGCUAUCCUAUCUACCCUGUUACCUAAGAUACACAGAGAGUCUGGAACCUUCUUGUGAAAAGGGUCCUUAUUUUUAUAUAAUGCUAUGAUGACGAUACAGAUGAGCUCCGAUGAAUCUUCUAGACUUUGGCACAUACUGUUUCUAUGACCUGGAGGACCACAGAACCCCAUUUCCUGGGAAGCAUCCAUCUCAAACAACUUCAGAUCAGUAUUUUUUCCCACUGGCCUCUUCCAGGAUGCCCUACAGGGCUGAGAGUCCAGAACUCACGGCCAUUUUUCUUCCCUCCACAUUAAUUCCCUGGCUCCCCUUCUCCAUGAGGAGAAAAAUCCAUUUGAAAUAGAAGAGCUAUGCAGCAUUAGAGUUUUUCACUUGAAUUAUUUAUAGUCAGGACAGAAUAGAGGAGAAGCUAGGCCACCUCACCCAGUCCCCAUCCCCACGAUCAUGUAAAUGUCACAAUUGCUUAGCUUCAUUCCAUCUGCACUUUGACUAACACUCAGGGGACUGUUCUCAGCUCUGUGGCCUUGCCACACACAGUUGGUUUGGAGGAAGGGGACAGGUAUACCAGCUAACUAAGCCUUCUUCCUCGGAUCCUAUGCUCACUACAAAUGCAUUACCGUCGCGUUAACACCAAUGGUUUAUAUUUAAUAUUGGUUUGAACUUAAAGUACCACAAAGAGUGGUUGAUUUAGCCAGAUGUGGGAGAGCAUGCUUGUAAUUCCUGGCACUUGACAAACUAAGGCAGGAGAAUUGAAGUUCAACAUCUGCCUGGAUUGCAGAGCAAGUUCAAGGCCAGUCUGAGUUAAAUAGUUAAGUUCUAGGCAAGCCUGGGCUACAUACAGAGUUCCAGACUAGCAUGAGCUAAUAUAAUGAGACUCCUUCCCACUCAAAGGGGAAAGAAAAAUCAGUUUUUUUUUCCAGUUGCACAAAACAACCCCCUGUACCUCAACACUACUUGCCCAGCUCCUAUCUUAGCUAGUUUGUCAAUGGAGGAUCCCCAAGAUCUGGUGUCAACCUUUUCCUUGGGUGGGAUGUCUUGGCUUCCAAAACAGUUCUUUAUAUGCUUUUAGUAUUUAUGCAAGCAGGGGUCAUGGGACAUGCCUAUAAUCCCAGCAAUUGGGGGGUGCAGGAACUUGAAAUAGACGUUCAAGGUCAGUCUCUUCUACAAAACAAGUUGUACUGAGCUAUGUGUGAAAACACACACACACACACACACACACACACACACACACGGAGGAGUAGGGAUAGGGAGGGGAGUAUCUAACUGAAAGGAGGCAGGGACUAGAAUUUCCCAGAAAGUACAGGCUAACUAGGAAAGAAUGUUUUAGAGAAUGCAGAUUUCACCAGAGAUGUUUGCUCCAUCCUUGGACCUGACAGAAAUUUUUUAAAGCGCUGAUAGAUGCUAGACCCUGUAUAUCUGGCCUACUUUGGGAAUAUCCAAGGGAUGUAAUGCCAGGCACUGCCCAUCAACAUGUUCCUAGCCACAAGCUCUGUGGACUCCAAUAGGAGGCAAGUACCUCCUCUGGGUGGAUGCUGAUCCCUGCCAAUCCCAGCAUGCUUUGCCCAAGACUCUGAGACCUGGGAACAGGAGCCAGAAAGCAGAGUAGAAAAACCAAAGGGGAUACAGCACUGUCAUUUGGGAAGGGAACCAGAAAUAGGAUCCUUGCUGCUAGAAGCCCGGGAAAGAUACAUCUCCAACAGAGAAGGUUGAGAAGUCCUGUGUGUGGCAUCCUUCAGGGGUGGUAGCUGGUUUUGUGACAUGAGUCCUCAAGAGGCAGCUGGGCGUUCACUGUUUGUAAAGGAAACUAUACCUCCUGGUUCCCAGCCAACGUGCCACACAGGUGAGAGACAUUUUUGUUUAUUCCCCAAAAGCUUGCUGAGUCAAGAUGAGCUUUUGUGUCUCCUUGUCUUGGCCAGCCUGGAAAUGAAGGAGAUUUGGUCCCCUGGAUAAGGGUCACAUGGAAUCUGAACUCAGGAGUCUGUAGGUUGAGACAAAAACCAGCUUCCCCAAAACGAUGCUUCUCAAAUUUGUCUAAGGAUGCUUUCUCCCCACCACUACCAUCUUACUCUCCCCCUGGCCACUGGGCUUGGAAGUAGUUCAAGUGGACGUGGCCCUGGCUUGGAAUCGUGCAUAAUUCUACAGAAGGCAGAAAGUUCCCAUCUCUAAUGAGUGUCAGGGAGCGGAUGACGAGUCUAGGGUGCAGGACCAGCAAUCUGAAGCUGUUCUUUAGAUGGCCAGAGACCGGAGCUAGACAUAGAUGCCCGCCAUAGCUAGGCUACAGCCAUCAAAAGAGACAGAGGCAGGGAGGGAGCAGCUCCCAGGUACCCAAGUCUUUACCCUUCUUCACGCCACCUCCUAGCCUGUUUGAGUCAGGUGUGGUGGCAUACACCUGCAGUCCCCAAACAUGGGAGCCAGAGGCAGGAAGACUGUGGCAAGUUAGAGAGUAGCCUGGGUUACAUGGUGAGUUCCAGGUCAACCUGGUUUGCAGCGUAAGAUCUUGUCUCCUAAACAAAACAAUGGGAAUGAUAAAAGUCAUAGUUCUUGCUUAGUUCCUAAUCCCUGAAGCAGCCUGAGAUCUAGUCGAUGUUUACAGGCACCCCCAUUGUUCUUCUCUAAAGAGACCUGUUGAGAAAGUACUCUCUCAGUUCCUGGUCCAAGUCCAUAUAGAUCAAGGACUCUGAGGAAACCUUAAGGAGCUCUCCAGUGACUUCAGGGAUGGGGCUGACUUCUCUUCCCCAAAUUCUGAGUUCAGGAAGAAGCUUCUUGUCCAAGGACUAGAGCCAAGGUAAUGCUCAUGGAAUCCGUUCAGACUCUGAAAGUCUAGUUCAGUCAGGUGUGGGAGAGCUGUGGUCCACGGGUGGGGGACAGGUCAUUAUUCUCAAAGCACAUAUGUAAAUGGCUGGGAUUCGAACCCCUACAUGCUGGGUGUCUCAGAAGCACAGGUAGAGACUGUUCUAAACAGGAGCUUCUUGCCUCUCCUUCCAGAAUGUUCCAGUCAGAUGUCAAUCAUGCAUCUCAAUUUCCCACGUUACCUCAUUUACAUUCUUUGGUUUUGUUUUGUUUUCUUCAUUUAGUGUUAGUUGGUGAUUUUCUGCUAUUAAGUGGUGAGACAACAGGUUAGUGAAAUUAAAAAAUAUCUUUAUAUCAAAUGUAAAUAUUAAUAUAAAUGAACUUGGCAUGCAACUUAAGUGAUUCAAUGAAGUGAUAUUAUUAACAUGUUAUCUUACUGUAUAAAGGGAAAAUGACUGCCAUAUAUGUACCAGAUGUUUUCUGUAACUAAACUUGUCUGUAAAUAUAUAAUCUUAUUAAAAAAAAAAAGUCUAAUUUACCAUUAUUUAUGCAAUAGAAAAAAAUAAAAAAAGUUCUUUUUUUUCCCCCUUUUGA